UUGGUCUAAGGACGCACGAGGCGUUCCUUCGUGGAAGCAUCUGCAGGAGGAGCCUCUGCCGAUCUGGGCACGUGGUGCCAAAGGGUGCGAGUCUCCAUCAGGGUCUCCCAGCUGGAAAAUAAUAGACCGUAGAGGACAGUCAGGGUGAGGCGGAGCGAUUGAUCCUCUCUUUGCAGCAACCCACUCAACGGGGGUGAGCCAAGCUCCAGUGUCUCCUGCAGCUGGAGCCAUCGGCUGGGAGCAGCCAAAUCCCCGCAGCAGACGGCUUCCAGGGUGAAUGGAGGGGCAGAGGCCAGGGUGCAAAGCUGCAGCUGCUGUUCUAGCUGGGUCCUUGCUCUCCUCCAUCCUCCAAACCACCAGAGUCAGAGCCCUGCAGGGCUCCCCACUGAUGCCGCUGCUGGAGGACGUUAUCCCGGAGAACAUCAGCUGGGCUGCCGAGGAAGCCCAGGGCAAUGAAUCCUCAGAGCACGCGUUUUUCUCUCUGGAUUAUCAACAUGUCCAAGUGCCCUUUGAAAUCACGCUCUGGAUCAUGCUUGCUUCCUUGGCCAAAAUAGGAUUUCAUCUAUAUAACAAGCUGCCUUCCGUCGUUCCCGAAAGCUGUUUAUUGAUAUUUGUUGGACUCAUCAUGGGGGGAAUCAUCUACGGCUUAAAUGACAAGUCACCGCCGGUUAUGGACAGCGACAUCUUUUUCCUUUACCUCCUGCCACCCAUCGUCCUUGACGCUGGUUACUUCAUGCCCAGCCGUCCCUUUUUUGAGAACAUCGGCACUAUCCUCCUCUAUGCGGUCGUGGGGACGAUAUGGAACGUGUUUGGGAUCGGCUUUUCCCUGUACGGGAUCUGCCAGGUGAAAGCCUUUCACUUGCAGGACGUGUCGUUGCUCCACAACCUUCUGUUCGGCAGCCUGAUCGCCGCCGUGGACCCUGUGGCGGUGUUGGCGGUGUUCGAAGAGAUACAUGUCAAUGAAAGACUACACAUUUUGGUCUUUGGCGAAUCACUCCUGAACGACGCAGUGACGGUGGUGCUCUACAAGCUAUUUCGAUCUUUCUGUGAAAUGCCAGCCGUCAAAAGCGUGGAUGUUUUUGCUGGAGUUGGAAAAUUCUUUGUGGUUGGGCUAGGAGGAGUUUUAGUAGGUCUUACUUUUGGGAUGACUGCCGCCUUUACCACGCGAUUCACCAAGGACAUCCGUGUCAUCGAACCGCUCUUUGUCUUCCUGUACAGCUAUCUUUCCUACCUCACUGCCGAAAUGUUUCACCUUUCGGGGAUCGUGGCCAUCAUUGCUUGUGCCAUGGGAAUGAAACGUUACGUGGAGGCCAACAUCUCUCUGAAGUCGCAUACCACAGUCAAAUACUUCAUGAAGAUGUGGAGCAGUGUUAGCGAUACCCUCAUCUUCAUCUUUCUUGGAGUUUCCACCAUUGGAGAAAAUCAUGAGUGGAACUGGCCGUACAUUUGCUUCACUGUUAUUUUCUGUCUCAUGUGGAGAGCACUGGGGGUUCUUGUGCUGACUUUCUUUGUGAACAGAUUUCACGUGAACACCAUCACCAGCAAAGACCAAUUCAUUAUAGCGUACGGGGGUCUCCGAGGAGCCAUUUGUUUCUCUUUGGUUUUCUUGCUUCCUGACUUUCACAGAAAGAAGCUCUUCAUUGCAGCAACAACAGUUGUCAUCCUCUUCACCGUGUUCGUACAGGGAAUGACCAUCCGUCCUCUCGUUGACUUGUUGGCUGUCAAGAGGAAAAGAGAGAGUGCUCCCACAGUGGGAGAGCAGAUCCAUAUUCGGUUCUUGGAUCAUUUGCUGGCUGGCAUUGAAGAUAUAUCUGGACACUGGGGACAGUAUUACUGGAAAGACAAAUUAGAAUAUUUCAACAGCAAAUACCUGCAGAAGAUCCUGCUUCGAGAAUACGACCAGCCAAAAUCAAGUAUCGUGCUUCUCUAUGAAAAGCUGGAGCGGAAACAUGCCAUUGAGCUGGCAGAAGCAGGGCAGCUGGGUCAUGCCCCGUCUCACCCAUCCUUGCUCAACAACGACAGGACUGUCAUAACAGACAAAAAAUUGGAAGAUACUCUGAAUCCGGAUGUCCUGGAAAAUAUACAGGAAAUAUUGGCAAGGAACCUGUACCGAAUAAGGAGAACGGGGCCGGCGUACAACAGGCACACCCUUCCCGGAGAGACCGAGCCCGUGGAGCACGCCAAGGAGAUCCUCAUCCUCCGGCACAAGAGCCUGCGGGUGGAAGUGAGCGGAGGCGACGGGGUCAGCUCCAGGAAGGAGAAGGAUGACUCCUCCUCAGCGCAGGGCGAGUCCAGCACGCAGCCCAAGCUGUGCCGCUCCUUCACCGUGGGGGAUGCGGAAAAAGUUCGGGAAGUGAAACGGAACCGGUCGAAGUCGGUGUGUGUCAUCCCACCGCCACAGCCCAGCGGGACGGCCUGGGGUGAGAAGAAAGAAACGGAGAAAGAGCUGACUUUGGAGAUGUAAAAGCACGAGUGAUGCUGCGUCAUGCUUCCCAUGAUGGGCCUGACCGUUUCAUGGGUGGCUGCUAUCCGUGUAGAUAAUGUAAAUAAGAUGAAUAUCGAAAAGGACAGCGUGGACAGGGCAAAAUAUCCUGGGUGGUUUGCAAAGCACGUGCUCUCAUUGCACGAGGCGGGGUUUUUAAAGGGGACCAAGGGAAAAGACGCGCAGCUGAGCACCAGCAGCGCAAGGGAAUGUCUGGGAGAGGAGCUCAGGAAAAUCGGUCUGUUCAGCCUGGGAAAAUUGCUGAAACUGUCUGCAAGUGCAAGAAAGGAUGUUUUAAUAAGGUGAGAUAUCAGAUCUUCUCAUUAGUCAGCAGGGGACAGACUAAACAGCAGGGAGCAUUUAGAUUAUAUGUUAGGAAAAACUUCAGAAUCUCAAGGAAGGUUUUAUUAGGCGAUGGAGCACGUCACCAGGAAAGACAGCAGAAACAGCGAAAGAUCUCUUCCGCUCCUCAGGAACUGAUGGGUCCUGACUACAAACAUUAAUCAUGUGAAGCCCAGAGUUAAAUCACAUAGUUAAAUAAGGCGUUGCGUCUUACCAGAGGUACUGCCCCACACCUAGACACAGUUCUUUUAAUGAAAACUUAUUACAGCUGCGUUAAAAGAGGAAAAUGUAUUCUUACCGAGUUUUUAAAAUUUAUUUAAGAAACGGUUCGCCUCAGAAAAUAAAACGGGGAAGCUCUAAAUCCAGUGGCGACAGCAGGAGAAGACCGUGCCAGCCCUGAAACAGACGGGCCAGCCUCGUGCUGUGACUGGUGGUUUGCAGCAAGCCUGCAAAGGCUCUGCAGAAAGAUCUCCGCUGCCGUGGCCGCGGGCAGCAGGGUCAGACGGGGCUCGAAUGUGUCUCCUUAGAAGAUGCAGCGGAGAGAGGGACCCAAAACCUCGCUGCUGUGGAGUGCUUCCGCCGGGAGAGGUGCCAUCCCCUUUGCAGAGCAGAUGCAGACAUACUCCAGGGGCAGCACCUGAGGAAUCUCCACAUUUGGGUAAUUCUCUUUGAAACUCCAGGUGAGCGUUCAAGCCUUCGAAUUCUUGUCCUUAGCUGAACCCAAAAGGCUAAGUUUUAGCAUUGCAAACAUCCACAUUUUUCUUCCUCUAACCCUUCCUCUGCACUGAAGGACCCAAGAGCAUUUAAUCUUGAGUGGCCAAAGAGACUCUGAAUUGAAAAUAAAGGAAACUGUAGGAAUUCCCAUACUCCCCUCCGUGGUAUUUUUGGAUUUCCAGAGCCAAUCUGCUGUGUGCGGAAAUAUUCCAUUAGGAGACCACUGCCUGGUACACCGGGACCUUCUUUUUAAACUAAAGACACCACAUUGUGUGUAUUUACAAUGACGUGGAGGUCUCGUUUUCAUCUGAACAAAUGCCUUUAUGAUGUCGUAACAUAAGCUGAUGUAUUUCAUUUUGACUUGAAGGCCACUGGAAGUUCACCUCACUGCAAAUGAAAAUUGGACCUUUUAGCCUUAGAUGUGUAUUCUGUGUGUGUGUAUAUACAUAUAUGUACAUAUUUACUGAUUUUAGUACGAGUCCA